GGCACCUUGAGCAGCUCCUAGGCUCCUGAUUGGUGCCUGGGCUGUCCUCUGAGUUGCCUUUAAAAAGCCCAGCCCAGAUGUCCUGGCCCUGGAUCCAGUAACGGUGAAGGAGAGGAGACACAGGUCAAUGAGUGAAGAAAGAGUAUGAAGACUGAAGCUGGGCAUAUUGAAGACAACUUUACUCCUCUUACCUUCUUGCUAAGUGUGCUUUGUGGAAACGUGCUCUGUUGAAAUGUGCUCUGUUGCCUAGCUGAACAUUUCUCUUCUCGGGACAAAAUGACUACUGAGUGUCCGGUUGAUAACUAGCUGGGUGCUGUCUCACUAAAGACAGUUUGACUGAAUACAGACGGACAGUAGACUUCCUUACAUAGUCUAUCUGUAGACUACCUGAGAGACAGACAGUAGACUUCAUUACAUAGUCUAUCUGUAGACUACCUGAGAGACAGACAGUAGACUUCAUUACAUAGUCUAUCUGUAGACUACCUGAGAGACAGACAGUAGACUUCAUGACAUAGUUUAACUGUCGACUGAAUACCUGACAGACCAUUUUCAGAGAACUGCCACAGUGCUCAUUUGACACAGGAGAUCCUAACAAUACCUUGACCAGAUGAUUCUCAAGAUCUUCCUCACCCUCCUCUUCCUCCAUGGUUUGGUGCUAAAUGCAUCCUCCUCUUCCUCAUCCUCCGAAGAGGAGGAUGGCGGGAGCAGUGAGAAGGACAGCGGGGAGCAUCAUCCUAAAGGUGUCCCUCAUGGUGGACACUGGGGCUACGAAGAUCAAGCUGCCUGGUCCUCUGAGUUCUCACACUGCAGUGGAAAAUCCCAGUCUCCCAUUGACAUUGAUACCAGGAGAGCCCUCUAUGACCGCAGCCUGCCACCCAUAACUCUGGAGGACUAUGAUCUGACAGACAGCUCAGCAUUGACACUGUUGAACAACGGCCAUACCUUGCAGCUGGUCCUGCCCAACACCAUGCGCAUCACCAGUGGGUUUGACAACGAGUUCCGGGCCGCCCAACUGCAUUUCCACUGGGGGACCAAAGAGGUGCCAGGAUCUGAACACACCAUAGAUAACGUCCAUUUCCCUGCAGAGAUCCACAUAGUUCAUUACAACUCUAAAUAUGCAAAUCUGUCCGAGGCAGCCAGCAAAUCAGAUGGCCUAGCUGUAUUAGGGGGCUUCAUCGGGAUUGGUCUUCAUGAGAAUGACAACUAUGAAAAGAUCCUGUCUGCGCUCGCUGAUGUCAGCAUCGAAGAGUCUAACACUGAGAUCCCUGCCUUCAAUGUCCGUCAUCUUUUGCCAAACAAGCUGGAGCGCUUCUACAGAUAUAAUGGCUCCCUUACCACUCCUCCCUGCUUCCAAACAGUCAACUGGACAAUGUUCAAUGAUACCAUCACAGUGUCCAGGAGGCAGUUGGGUGCUCUGGAGGACACCCUGAAAGCAGGCCAACACCAGCACCUGACCAAGAACUUCAGAGCACCUCAGCUUCUAUAUGGGAGACACGUCCUCGCCUCGUUCACAGACACUCCCACCAUAGUCGUUGCAGGACAUCCAAGUAUCUCUAUCAACACCUUGUCGGAGACUGAUGCCUCUAACAGUGAAGGGCCAUCAACUGGGUCAUCUGAGGUCCUGGCAAGAGGAGAUAUCUUGGCCAUAGCCUUCGGAGCUCUCUUUGCCGUCACUUUGCUGCUGUUCACGCUCUACGCAUACCAACAGCGUAAAAAAUACUCUAGUAUCAAAAAGGACUCCAGGCAGAACGUUAUCUACAAACCAGCAACUAAAGAAGAGGCAUAGAUGUCACUGGAAAGGAGUCCUAUUCAGAUUCCAUAUUCAAACUUUUUUCAAUAGGAAUUAAAGAGAUUAUCCAGUACUUUUGUAGACUUUUUAGCCUAGAACUAGGUACUUUUGUAGACUUUUUAGCCUAGAACUAGGUACUUUUGUAGACUUUUUAGCCAGUAGUUCUGAAAGUAGCUCUCACAAGCCAAAAGUGGUCCCUGGAAAUUGCAUACUAUAUCAGAUUGUGUGCAGAUACUGUAUGAGCAGCACGUCAUCGCUCUCUCGCUCGCUCUACUGUGGUGCAUGAUGUGCCUCUUGCUAGCUGUCACUAUUAUGAAGAGGGGUUGAAGCUCAUUAGUUGAAAUCAAACUGGAAAAUGGAGGGAAAAUGGACAAGUACAGCUUCCCGAAAAACAGUCGCUUUCAAGCUAGUGAUUUCAUGGCUAAUUACAGUAAGACAGUAAUUCUGAUAAUAGAUUUAUUCAUGUAUGAACUGCACAUUGACACAUCCAACCCAAAGUGGGAUGUUUAAAAAAUACUUAGUCGUUGCCAAUGUUUCGGAGGCGGUGUCUUUAAAAGAGUUAUGAUCGAGAAUUCAUAUUGCUCAAACCAAGUUUGACAUUUGCUCAGAAUGAUUGUUUUCGCCUUUGUUACUAAUGCAAAGUGGUUUAAGUAUGUAAUACGUGUCAGUGGAGGCUGCUGGGUGGAGGACGGCUCAUAAUAAUACCUGGAAUGGGGCGAAUGGAAUGGCAUCAAACACAUGGAAACCGUGGAAACCAUGUGUUUGAUGUUGUUGAUCACUUUCCACCUAUUCUGCUCCAGCCGUUACUACGUGCCUGUCCUCCCCAAUUAAGGUGCCACCAACCUCCUGUGAUGUGUGUAUAUGGUACGUGUAGAAGAACAGCUGUAGUUACCACCUGAGUAAGAAUGUAUACAAUGUGUUCUAUUUAAUUGUGGUGGCAAAAUUAUAAGAUGUUCAUGAACUUCAAUACAAUUGACUUACUGUUGAAGAAAGUCAAAUCACUUUUUCCCAGGGUGUUCACUUCGUUACAAGUACUAGAGCUGCAGAUGAAAGUGUUAUGCUGUAUCGUGUGUGUUGGAUAUCAUGCAGGAAGUGUUUUAUAUGAGUUGUUGUAUUGUUAUUACUAUAUAUCCUCUAAUGUAUGGACACUUGUCACUAAAACCGUUAAGUUGUUUUGUAGUUUACCUCUCAACCUCUCCACAAUGGUGUAUACUGAUGUGCAAUUGGACCUUGAAAUGUACAAUAAAUGUGUUAUAUUCUUAUAACGUCUGUCUCAUAGGCCAUCUAUUAACUAUGAGCAAUACAAAUCCACCAAAAUGGGGAUUAAAUGAAGCCAUAGCACCUACUGUGUCAUUUAGUUAGUAGGGUCAAUCAAUCAUCAGUAAAAUGCUAUAGUAAAUAGCUAUUUUAUUUAACUGGGCAAGUCAGUUAAGAACAAAUUCUUAUUUACAAUGAUGGCCUACACCGGCCAAACCCAGAUGACCUGGGCCAAUGCCACUCAGGAGCGAUACAGUAAUACAUUUGACGGUUUCUCAUCUAUGUAUAAACAUUUUUUUUUCUACUAUCUACUGUAUUCCACAUAGCAUUUAUAGUAAUAGACAUGGCUUUUUAAGCAGGAUUUCUGUACAGCACUUUGUGACAUCAGCUGAUGUAAGAAAUGCAUUAUAAAUAAAUGUGAUUGAUUUGAUUGACA